AAUAGUGCUUGCUAUCGCUGGCAACAUUUAGUCCCGGAUGUCAAAUUCGAAAGACACGUUCUGCAAUGGGUGACACCGCUGCUGAGGAAAUCCAAAAACUAAACAUUGACUCAAAGUCAAAGGCAAAAGCCAUGAAGGAAAAGAAGAAAAAAGCAGAGGAAGGUUCCGGAGGUGUAGCAGAACUGAACCCUUGGCCAGAGUACAUACAGAAACGUAUCACUCUUUGGGAUAAGUUCAAAAUUCAGUACGAAGAAGAAUUGGCUAAAAAGCCUGAUGUCAGCAUCGUUGUGACACUUCCUGAUGGCAAAACCGUUGAAGCUAAAGCCUGGAAAACCACUCCAUACGAUGUUGCCAAAGGAAUCAGCCAGGGUCUUGCCGACUCCACCAUCAUCGCACGAGUGAACAACGAGCUCUGGGACCUGGACAGACCUUUGGAAGGUGACUGCAAGCUGGAACUUCUGAGAUGGGACAACACAGAUGCUCAAGCGGUGUUCUGGCAUUCAUCAGCUCAUAUGCUCGGAGAAGCUAUGGAGAGGGUAUACGGAGGCUGCCUCUGCUACGGACCUCCCAUCGAAGAGGGCUUCUAUUACGACAUGUACUAUCCUGAGAAAGGGAUAUCUUCAACGGACUUCCACGUUCUAGAAGGAUUAGUGAAGAAAAUUGCAAAAGAGAAGCAGCCAUUUGAACGCUUAGAGCUGACUAAGGAACAGUUAUUAGAAAUGUUUGACUACAAUCCGUUUAAAGUGAGGAUUUUGAACGAGAAAGUGAACACGCCAACUACCACGGUGUAUCGGUGUGGACCCCUUAUUGACUUGUGUAGGGGACCCCAUGUCAGACAUACGGGGAAAGUCAAGGCGCUCAAAGUCACUAAGAACUCAGCCACAUAUUGGGAAGGUAAAGCUGAUGCAGAAAGCCUGCAGCGAAUAUACGGAGUAUCCUUCCCGGAGCCCAAGCAGUUAAAGGAGUGGGAGCAUAUACAGGAGGAGGCUGCCAAGAGGGACCACAGGAAGAUUGGCAAGGAACAAGAGUUAUUCUUCUUCCACGAGCUGUCGCCUGGAUCAUGUUUCUUCCAGCCACGUGGCGCACAUAUCUACAACACGCUCGUCAACUUUAUUAGAGAACAAUACAGGAUCCGUGGUUUCCAAGAAGUGGUUUCUCCAAACAUGUUUAACGCGAAGCUGUGGCAGACUUCAGGUCACUGGGCCCACUACUCCGAGAACAUGUUCUCCUUCGAUGUCGAGAAAGAAACAUUCGCUUUGAAGCCCAUGAACUGCCCUGGACACUGCUUAAUGUUCGACAACCGUAUCCGUUCAUGGCGCGAGCUGCCCCUGCGGCUGGCAGACUUCGGCGUGUUGCACCGCAACGAGCUGUCGGGCGCGCUGACCGGCCUCACGCGCGUGCGCAGGUUCCAGCAGGACGACGCGCAUAUAUUCUGCACGCCCGCGCAUAUUGAACAGGAAAUGCUAUCGUGUCUGGACUUCCUGAACCACGUGUACUCGACGUUUGGGUUCACGUUCCAGCUGAAGCUGUCCACCAGGCCAGAGAAGUACCUCGGAGAACUCGCCACAUGGGACCAGGCUGAAAAGGCGUUAGAAGAUUCCCUUAAUAAGUUCGGUCGCCCGUGGCAGUUGAACCCAGGCGACGGUGCGUUCUACGGGCCUAAGAUAGACAUCACCAUACAGGACGCGUUGCGCCGGUCGCAUCAAUGCGCCACCAUACAGCUGGAUUUCCAACUUCCUGAGAGAUUCAACCUUACUUAUGUUAGUGAAAGUGGUGAAAAGAAACGUCCAGUGAUUAUCCACAGAGCUAUCUUGGGCUCAGUGGAGCGAAUGAUCGCUAUCCUCAGCGAGUCGUACGCCGGGAAGUGGCCCUUCUGGCUCAGUCCGAGACAAGUCUGUGUUGUACCCGUCGGUCCCAGCUUCGAUGACUAUGCUGUGCAGGUGAACGAGAAACUGUUCGCAGCUGGUUUCAUGUCGGAGGUGGACACGGACGCCGGCGACACGCUCAACAAGAAAGUCCGUAACGCACAACUGGCGCAGUUCAACUAUAUAUUAGUUGUCGGCGACAGAGAAAAACAAUCAGGUACGGUGAACGUGCGCACGCGGGAUAACAAGGUCCAUGGGGAAAUGUCUAUCCAGGGUCUGAUCGACCAUCUGAACAAACUUGUCAAGGAAAAGACUUUAGCUGAAGACAGCGAUCUACUUAAUUAACAACUAGGCUUACAAGAUAGUUAGUAAAAGGGGAAAAGAGAAUUUUAAGUAUUGUUCCAUUAAGAAUGAGUUAUUUUAUGCAACUGUAUUCCCCUGCUAGGGAAACAAACUUGAAGGUAUCUGUAGUAACUCAAAGAUUCAAAUUAUUUAUUUGUAACGUGAAUUUACGUAAGCCACUGAAUAAGGUACCUUUCUCGGUCAAAAAAGAAAUUGAUUAUACAUUUUUAACACAGUAAAAUAAAAAAUAAUAAUGUUAAGAAUGUAUUCAAAAGGGUUGAGAGACAUACAAGUAAUGUUGUAGGUUUUCUUACAAAUUUAAAAUCGGAGUUUAACAACACAAGAUUUUUUGUUUUUGAUUUGCUUAAUUUUUGCAGUUGUUAGCAAUUUUAAAAGUAUCAUUGACAUAUAAAAAAUAAAGAACAAAAUUCAUAAAUACAUAUAAUGUUUUGGAUUUAUUAAGUAUUGAGUUUGACUAAUUGCAAAGUACCUUAUUUCAGUUUUUCAAUGGCAUUUGUCACCCCAUUGUUGGGCAAAAUAUCUCUGAACUGCAUUUUUACUUCUCAAAAAUCUAAAUUUAAAUUGAACAACAAUCUAAAUUAUAAUGUUCGGAAUAAGUAAUGAUAUUAAUAUAAAAAUUAAGAGAUUUCUGCCCAAUACUGGACUAGGAUAGGUUAAGAAAUGCUUUUAAAAAAACCUCUGGGAUAUUAUUUAUAUUAUUAAAUUCAUGUCGUAGUAAUUUAUUUGAGUAGAGAAAAAAAUUUUUUUUAAUUGUUUUUGCGGGAACGCAUUCGCAUUUAGCAAGAACUCCUUAUUUAAAUAAUUAUAUAGCACGGAAAUCAAGUGUGGUAGAUAAGUCUCGGGUUGGAUUCCCGCCCGAGUUGGGAAAAGUAUUAUUGGGUUUUCUGUUUUGAAAUGCUCGAUAGUAAGUUUUGAGUGAAAAUGUUUGACGGUAGUUGAAGAAGCCCCUGUUGUAAUAAAAUACUGUUUAGUAUAUUAGCUCCCUAUUAAGGGAGCGAAGGAAUUUGAACAUCUGGCAAAAUACUAACUUUUAAACUUUGGCGUUUCAUAUUUACACCAUAUAUUUUACUCGGGUAUUAACACGAAAAGUCAAGCCUACCAAGGUAUUUAAAUAAUUGUUUUUUCGUGUUAAUAAUACCCGCUUAAUUAUAUGUUGUAAAUCUGGCGAAAUGUAGAUAGAUAUACACCAUUGCCAAUUCCUUUGAUGGCGUGAUAAAGGUUCAGAGUGAAGCGAUUAGGUAGAUUUUUUAUGAAUGUCGUCCUUACUGCGUCUGUAGAGCAAAUGUAUGGAGACAGUGCUGGUACACGAGUUUGAUAUC